UAGUGUCGUCAUCAACAAGUAAUAAAUGUUGGAAAGAAUCUAACCGAGCGAGAAUUAUUUGGUUUCCACUACCAGUUCCAAUUCCUCGAAGGCUUAAAAAACCCUAAAUUCUCCAUUUCUCGCUCUUUACAAUCCAGAAUUCCUCCACUUGCCGUCGCAAUUUUGUUUUCUCGACAUAUCCGCCUUCGCAAUGGCCUUGAAUGGAAGUUCAGCAAACCCGGCGGACACCGAGAGCAGCUUGGAGAAGAUCAAGAGGCAGCUGACGUCGGGAUCGGGGAGGCAUUUAUUGCAGGGUCCGCUCCUCAAGCGAUCGGAAACUCUAAGGAAAUGGAAUGAGAGAUGGUUGAUCCUUGACCCUACCACUGGAAAAAUGGAAUAUAAGAUACGGAGGAAUGAGCCCAUUGUUAAGGGAUCAAUUCUUUUUGAUUCAGGCAGCACCAUUACUCUCUCUCCUGUGAACUUCCAUGGUCUGCCAAAAUAUGAUGGCUGUUGUUUCUAUAUUGGCACUCCACAGAAAAAGGAAUACUUCCUUUGUGCAGAAACUCCUGGUGCUGCGCGAGCCUGGGUAUCCACUUUACAUGCGUCUCAGUUGGUCCUAAAGGCCCAUAAGGAAGCUGUGAGCUCCUUGAGUGGCAGUGGUUCUGCGAAGUUGGGAACUGUUGCUUCUGUGGUAGCAGCUGCCAAUGCAACUGCAGUGGAAGCUUCCAAAGAAAUUGAAGCUGCCAUGAAGAUAUCUCUGAGAGCUGCUUUAGGAUCAAUGUCAAUCAAGGCAAAUGAAGGCCAUUUGGAUGAUCUUACGAUAAUGAAGGAAACACUUCGAGUUAAAGAUGAAGAACUUCAACAAUUGGCCAAAGAAUUACGUGCAAGAGAUUCAACUAUACGUGAGUUAGCAGACAAGUUAACUGAGACAGCUCAGGCUGCUGAAGCGGCUGCAUCUGCAGCUCUUGCUAUGGAUGAAGAGAGGAGGCUUGCUUACACAGAAAUUGAACGACUGACCAGUGAUUCAAAUAAAAAACUUCAAGAAAUCAUUCUUAAGUUGAAAGAAUCGGAAGAAAAGGUUGCAGCAUUUAGCAGAGAUAGAGAGAUCCUGUUCAAGCAGAGAGACUCUGCUCUUCAAGAGGCACAUUUAUGGCGUUCUGAGCUCGCAAAAGCUAGAGAACACGCUGUUUUAUUAGAAGCGGCUGUAGUUCGAGCUGAAGAAAGGACCAGGGUUUCACAGGCAGAUGCGGAAGCUCGAUUAAAAGAUGCCGCUGAAAAAGCAUUGUUCGCUGCAAAAGAAAAAGAGGAUCUGUUAGCAUUUGUGACCGCUUUGCAAUCUCAACUCCACAACACAAAACACUCCACAAAACAAGUGCUGGAAGAGAAACCCGAGUCAAGCUCAGGCUUCAUCAAAACGGCGUCAAAGACAAAACAUGCGGACUUGGAAGACGAUGUCGAUAAAGCUUGCUUAAAUGAUUCAAAACUUGUUCAGGUUUCUGGUGACAGUGUGCAAUUGACUACCAAUGGUAUCGAUAUUCGUACCAUUAAUGACGACCAAUGGGACGAAUUUCAGUCCUCCAACGAAAGAGUAGCAGAUUUAAGGGUAAUAUCUCCAGAAGCUGAGGGAAGCAGCAUGGAUAUACCUGUUGUGAGCCUACCUGCUGAUGAUCAUCAACAUGUCGGUAGCUCUCACCAACCUUGAUGUGAAUUUUUAUUUAUUAUUUUGUCUAAGGGAUAAGUGUUGUGAUAUAGUGAACCAUUUAUUACCCCUUAUAUUUAUUUUUUGUAUUAUGUUCAGAGAGGAAUAAGUGCUACUGUGAUUUAUUUGGAAAGAUAGAGAAGAAGGAAUGAUUAUAAUUGUUCAACUUGAACGUUAUCUUCUACAUAUAUUUGUUCUAUCCAUAAGGUUUUGUAUGGG